AUGGAUGAAAUCUCACAAUUUCCUCGCGAGGCCAAGGCCCUUUUUGUGGUAUCACUGACAUGUGCCAUUCUGAUCGGUCUCCUCUUCGGCAUCCGCCUAUUCAACAGAAUCUAUUUCAAGUCGACACCUGAUAUCAAUGACUGGGGUAUUGGGCUGACUGCUGUCGUCGGGCUUGCCUCGAUCGCCUCCCUCACUGAGUCGAGCUAUUACCAGGCUAGCAGUGGCCCUUAUUCAACAAAUAAGCUGAACCGCCCGGUCAGAAUUUACGGCGUCUUCACCAUUGCUGAAUUCGCUCUUCUUUUCCUUAUAUUUUUCGAAUGCGCCGAUCAAACCACAAAAUGCGACUUUGUGGUCUCUGGCUCAUAUUUGCGCCCUACGCAACUUUGGGUGGCCAUUGUUGCUUAUAGCUUUGUUCUUGACAUGGCUACUGCCGGCUUGCCGAUUCUAUGGCUGAAAUCGCUUCAUCUGAAGGGGCUUCGGACCUUGUUUCAAAUCGGGUUUGUGGUGAUUGGCUUUACAACUGUUGGUAUUCUGGCUCUGUUCCUGCCUCCAUACCACCGGCACAAUGAUUGCUAUUUCAGUUCCUUGGAUCCAUACCUUCGCAACUCAAAUCGGAGCUCCGUUCUCUAA